AUGGCAAAUAGAGUCCUCUUCGCCUUCAUGGGCUUCGAGGCUCUUUUUGUUAUUGGCGGCAUAAUCAUACUUGUGGUUGCUCUGCUCACAAGAGCAGCACUCAACGGCAAGCAGAACUUGGACAAUGUUGCGAACAAUCUGUUGCUAUCGCAAGGACCAUUGACAGCCGCAAUCGUCAAUGCCGUGUUCGUCUUCGUAACCUUCCUCCUCUGCAUUCCCUCCAUCGCCGCACCCACAAACCGAACUUUCCUCAAAGCCCAUGGCUAUGCCGUCAUGUGCUGCGCAAUCUUUACCCUCGUUGUCGGCCUCGAUAUCUGGUUUCGAACCCUUAACACCCGUGCCAACCUAGCCACCGUCUGGGGCAAUCAGACCACCGAGACACAAUCCCUCCUCCAGCAGCGUUUCAACUGCUGUGGAUAUUGGAACGCAACGUCCCCUCCUUUUGUACCGGACAACGUGUGCACAAGUACCCUCGUUGCUGCAAAUCUGCAGGGCUGUAUCGGUCCGUUUUCAUCCUUUGCCAAUUCGCUGAACAGCAUGAUCUUCACAGCGGACUUUGGCAUUGUCGCCAUCGAUGUUUUUCUAAUACUUGGCAUUGCUUGUCUGUUGAAGGACCGGAAAGAGAAAGAGCGAUAUGCAUUGAUUGACGCGAAGACUGGAUUUGGACCUAUAUAG